AGUCCCACCGGCGCACCCACACCGGCGAGCGCACCUACACCUGUGCCCAGUGCGGAAUGGGCUUCACCCACUCGAGCAGCCUGCUGGAGCACCAGCGCACCCACACCGGCGAGCGCCUCUACACCUGCGCACAGUGCGGCAAGGCCUUCACCCGCUACAGCAGCCUGCUGCGGCACAACCGCGUGCACUCCGGUGAGAGGCCCUUCACCUGCUCCGACUGCGGCAAAAGCUUCAAGGGGGCGAAUGACCUCAAGAUCCACCGGCGAUGCACACCGGGGAGCGGCCCUACACGUGCAGCGACAGUGGCAAGGGCUUCUCCCUCUCCAGCAGCUUGCUGGCGCACCAGUGCACCCACACCGGCGAUCACCCCUACACCUGUGCCCAGUGCAGCAAGGGCUUCACUCGCUCUGACAGCCUACUGGAGCACCAGCGCACCCACACCGGUGAGCGCCCCUACACCUCUUUAG